GACCUGAAGGAUUCAGAAGUGAAGCUGCUCUCUGCUGGACUGGGGAAUCCCCACUGUAAACUGGAGACUCUGAGGCUGUCAGGCUGUCUAGUCACAGAGGAAGGCUGUGCUUCUCUGGUCUCAGCUCUGAGGUCAAACCCCUCACACCUGAGAGAGCUGGACCUGAGCUACAAUCACCCAGGAGACUCAGGAAUCAGACUGCUCUCUGCUGGACUGGAGGAUCCACACUGCAGACUGGAGAAACUCAAUGUGGAACAUGGUGGAGAGUACACAAUGAAACCUGGACUUAGAAAAUAUGUCUGUGAUCUCACACUGGACCCAAACACAGUAAACAGACACCUCUCUCUGUCUGAGGAGAACAGAAAGGUGACAUGUCGAACAGAGGAGCAGCCGUAUCCUGAUCACCCAGAGAGAUUUUAUAAGGACUGUAGACAGGUGCUGUGUAGAGAGGGUCUGACUGGGCGCUGUUACUGGGAGGUAGAGUGGAGUGGGGCUGAUAUAGGAGUGACAUAUAAAGGAAUCAGCAGGAGAGGAGAUCUUCAUAAAUGUUGGCUUGGAUCCAAUGACAAUUCCUGGAGUCUGGAAUGUUCUGACAAACGUUACAGAGCUUGUCACAUUAGUAAAUACACUACCAUAGACGUCCCCUCGUCCAGCUCCCACAGAGUAGGAGUGUAUCUGGACUGGCCAUCCGGCACUCUCUCCUUCUAUAGAGCAUCCACUUACACGCUGACCCACCUGCACACAUUCAUCUCCACAUUCACUGAGCCCCUCUAUCCAGGGUUUAGGGUUUAUGAUGAAUGCUCCUCAUUGUCCCUGUGUCAGAAACACUGACACACACACAUACACACACACACACACACACACACACUGGACACACACACACUGGACACACACACAGAGGACACACACACACACUGGACACACACACA